AAUUUGAUCAACAUGAUCGUCUAUUUACAGGUUGGGCUGAACGACAGCAUCAGCAUCUGCUUCUUCGUGCUGUCGUGUUCGGACCUGGUUGUUUUGUUGCUGAACGCCAUGGCCAACUCUUCUACGAGCUUAUCGGAAAAUUUUCUCAAAAGAUGGAACACCGACGGCGGAAGCGUGACUUUCGUCAUCAUGGCUUACCACGGCCCCUUCUACGACAUCUCGCAAGGGAUCACGACGUUUAUCGCCGUACAGAAAUGCUGGUGUGUCGCGCUGCCUUUUCGCUUCAAAAACACGUUUACAAAGAAGCGAACAGUCGUUAUCUUAUCCGGCAUUACGUUGGCGCUGUUCUCUAUACACAUGCCGAUUCUGACGACUCAAGGUUUGGCGGACGUGUUCGACCCGGUCAGGAAUAGAACAGUACAACAAUUGUGGAUGCUCGAAAUUAGUGGGAAGCUGUACUCUGCCGUAGGUCUCAUAUCUUUAGUGUUUACCAACACCUGUCAAAUGAUUGUCAUCUUCUGUCUGAUUGUUCUCGCGUCAAGCCUACGAGCGUCAUCAAAGUUCAGGAGGGCGACCAAAAUAGCCAGCAACGACCAGAUGUCUUCAGAGAUUAAAACUCAAAAACCGAAAUUCACUGAUAAGCAUUUGAAAAAAUAUUUGACGUCCGACAAGAUCAAAUCUAAUAAAGAAUCGACAGAUAUUAAUAGAAAAAUUACAGGCGCAAAACUUUCUGGAAAAAAUACGACCGCAAUUGAAGAUAUCCCUUCUGUUCCUGUCCCGGUCAAGGCCACCUCCAGAAAAGAAUUGAUGGCCAUAAAGUCCACUACUUUCGUGUCCAUUCUGUUCGUUUCGUUCAACACGUUAAAAUUGUUAAAUUACUACGUCAUCCUCUGCAUUCCAGAUUAUGGGUUUUUUGGUCGUUUGGGCAGAACCUAUUUGGCGGCCAAUGAAUUGAGGUGCACGCUCGAACUUCUACACUGCUCGUGCAACAUUUUUGUCUACCUGAAGUUCAACACACGCUACAGGUCAACGUUGUUAGCCUGCUGUGGGCGCAGCAGAUGA